AUGCUUGAUCACCUACAAGUUAAGGAACAGCCGAGGAAGAGCCUUCCGUACCUCAAAACCACAACGCCUUACUUCCAGGACCUCACCGACGUGCUGCUCGUACUCACCACAGGAGAGAAGCUCCCAGCACAUGCAGCAUACUUGGCAGCGUAUUCCAGCGUCUUCUCAGGGAUCCUGGAGGCCCAUUCGGCCAGCAGAAGCCCCAACGCAUGUCCAGCCAGCAUCCCCCUGCCAGACUGCAGCCUGCAGGAGGCCGAGACCUUCCUGUGCUACCUAUACCGAAUGCGUGCAGAUGCACAGCUGACUCCAAAGAGCGCCCUGGCCAUUGUCAAGCUGGCACACAAGUUCGAUGUGAGGGUGGCCCUGGAGCAGUGUGACGAGUACCUGGCCCAGCAGGCUGCCAUCAACAUCAGGACCAACCUGCUCUGGGCCUGCGGAAGGGAGGCACUGGAGUGGGCACUUUUUGCACAGCAAUAUCACUUGAACCUACUCGAGGCUGAGGCCGCGCGCUACAUCAUGAACAAUUACCUGGAGGUGGAAACCCUGGAGGUGUUUGAGGAGCUCGGCCAGGGGUUGUUGCGCCGAGUGUCCCGGGGCCUCGCCCAAGAGCUGUUCCAGUGCAGCAUCGCCGACUUUGGCCAGCGGUGCUGA